GCGGACUGCAUCAACCAGUCGCGCGGUCGCGCUCACAUAAGAAACUGGGAUUCGAGAGGCCGACCCCCUUCUCGAGUCAGCGCGCGGUUCCGCAAAAGCGGAAGGAAGCGAACGCGACGGUUACCGGCGAGCGGUGUACGUCGCGCGGUCGUCGCGAGGUCGCACUCGUUACGCGUCUAAUAAAGCAAGAAGACACGCACGUGCAACGUGGUAGAAGAAAUUAUCCGCGCUCUACCAAGGCUCAAACUCGACUGACCGAACGUUUACCCCCACCACUACGAGCUAGCGAGCGAAGCGAGUCGCGCGCGCGAACGUCGUCCACGAUUCACGAGGGGGCCUCAUCGUAGGGCCCGUCGAAUCGGGCCCCAGCGCAGGGUCCGUCGGUGCCCAUCGGCUACCCUCGGCUGCACUCCGACGACGGUCGCGUCAUUCACGCCGAUGAUGAAGAGAGGGGGGCCGCGCGGCCUCCUCAACGAGUUCUAUGAAUACGCCACGAGGAUGACGCCGCCGGAAAUAACGGAGGCUUAAGGGGAUGUUACUCGAUGCCACUUCGCGCCACCGAGGAAGAUGUUUCUGCUCCUUUCAAUGCUUCCUCUUCUUCCUCCUCUUCUUCCUGGCGACGGAGAGAUCCGACCAGGUGGAGGAAGGCGAGUUCCAGGGGGAGGAUGCUUCGUGUUCUCAUUGAGGGACAAAUCUUAACGAAGAGGAAGUAGCAUCGAUGUUAAUGUCACGAAAACGGGAGAGAUCCCAGAUGAUCAACCAAAGUUCCUAUUUUUCACGUGUUUUAGCCCAAAGAUUAGAAAAUUAAGGGAGCGAGAUUUAGAGAGAAUUAAGGGAGGCCGAAAGAGAGAGAGAGAGAAAAGAGAGAGAGAGAGAGAGAGAGAGUAAGAAUGGAAAAGAAGAUCGAGAUGACGCACGUCGAAACCUCGUGUCUGCGACGAGAAUGGAGCCUCCCGCGCUAAUUAACCAGCCAAUUAGAAAGCCCGCGGCCAUGCGUAAUGAGCUGCGCGCGCAAAAGUUCCUAAAUGCAACGCGGUCUUUUUUCCUUCGAAUUCGCGCCGGUCACGAAGCACGCGGCGCCCACUAAUAAUAUAAAUUUAGAUAUACUAAGAAAACGAAAACCUCCUCCUCGGCCGUAUUGAUUACGACCACGUUCGAGAUUACGAGAGUGUGAUCGAAGCGGCGGAGAGCAGGUGGAGGAUAAGGAGCGCUUUAGUCCUUGAUACUAGUCCGCUAACAAUCAUAGUGAUAGUAUAAUACCGCUAGGGAUUAAUUGUACAACAGCGAAGAGCGCCUUCUCUGCCGAGACGAGAUAGGGAGAAGGUGGAAUAAAUAAGCAACGUACUUGUGUCUUAUGGCGUCCGAUUACGCCAACAGGCAAUAAAAAAAUAAAAAAAUACGAGAGAGACUGGAGGCGCGUACGAAGACGAGACGCGUCGAGGAGAGACGCGUUAUCCCUGUAUCCUGCCCCGCGCAUAGAACCACGGUGCGCGGAAGGGAAUCUAUCUUUUUCCUUUUUUUUUGGGACAGCAUGGAAUCUGCGGAUGGACACGCUCGACUUCGGAAACCGACCUUGCAGCUCUUUAAGCAGUUUUUAACCGUACAUUAAUGUGCCACGUGGGCUCUUGAAGCAAUUUCACAGACCGCGCGCGCCGCGCGGUGUUUUUAUCCUCUUAACCGAGUACGAAGUAACUAAAUAAAAUAUAUAGAAGGAUUACGGAAUAUAUAUAUAUAAACAAAUAAAUAAAUAAAUAUAUAUAUAUAUACACAAUUUAAGAACCCCUAUUUAAUUAUAUAUUCCUAUAUACAUAUACAAGGAACACAUGUACAGGUAUUUUACUAGGUCCUUACGAUUUUGAAACUAACCUUCGUUGAAAAAAAGAAGAGAGGCGAAAAGCGAGAUUCGCAGGAGACCAAAGAAAAGGGGUGCUUUUCGUGCGCUUCGAAAGCCAGAAAGAUAUUUUUCACUGUGUCGAAACAGUGUAACGAGAACGGCUAAUAAAAUGUCCACGAUGAGUGUCGUCUCGAACUCUUCCGUCGAAGUGGACUCGGAUUCCUCUAACGACGUGUCGAGCAAGGACGAAAGCAGUGCCGAAAGAAAGUUUAUUCUACGCAACGAGUUGUACAGUAGCUUGCUGGCGAGCGCGUUAGGCAAAACCGUGCUCAACAGGCAUCUCAAUUUCAAAGAGCAAGGGAUUAACUUCAAUCUAGCAUCCCUAAAGGACAACUUAAACGCGCUCGGUGCAUUGAAGGAGUUAAAGGACUUGAAGGGCUUGACCGUCAGCAGCGUGCCCGCCUUUCCGAGGAACUUGGCUCUUCAUCGGGAAGAUCACGAUGAGAAAAACUCAUUCGCGUGGUCGGAGGGUGGCGAGGAAGGUGGUGGCGGCGGCGGUGGAGGCGGCGGUGGAACGGGUGGGACCGGAACAGGUGGUACUGGCCCUGCGACCACCGGUGGUGGCGGACUGGCCCAUUGGGUCAGUGUUAUGGCGGAGCACAUUCACAAUCCGCACUCGGCUACUGGCGUCGGUGUUCACCAUCAACAACAAUCCCCACCUCAACCGCCUUACCCGUGGAACAAUGGCCUUUCCAGCGACCAAUGCGCCCCGCACGACAAGGAAAGCGACUACUGGGGUGGCGGCCGGGGCGCGAAACAAGGUUACGAGCACUUUCUGUUGCAGGCGAAAAUGAACGCGGACCAUGGUCAGCUGCAGAAAGGCGAUGAGCAGUAUCGGGGCGCUGGCGGCUCGAGCAGUGGAAGUCCACCGGCCAGUCUUUUGGUGGUUCCACAACCACUCACCGUGAAACCCUCCCACCCGUCGCAUCUCAAUUCCCAUCUCGGUGGACCACAUUCGCAUCCGCCGAGGAAGUAUCAAUGCAAGAUGUGUCCGCAGAUAUUCGGUAGCAAGGCGGAUCUGCAGCUCCACACGCAGAUUCACAUGCGCGAGGCGAAGCCGUACAAGUGCACGCAGUGCUCCAAAGCGUUCGCCAACUCUUCAUAUCUAUCGCAGCAUACGAGGAUCCACCUGGGCAUUAAGCCUUACCGUUGCGAGAUUUGUCAACGGAAGUUCACCCAGCUGAGCCAUCUACAGCAGCACAUCCGCACGCACACCGGCGAUAAGCCGUACAAGUGUCGGCAUCCUGGCUGCACGAAGGCGUUCAGCCAAUUGAGCAACCUACAGAGCCAUUCCCGAUGCCACCAGACCGACAAGCCGUACAAGUGUAACUCCUGUUACAAGUGCUUCUCCGACGAGCCGAGUCUGCUCGAGCACAUACCGAAGCACAAGGAGUCGAAGCACCUGAAGACGCACAUCUGCCAGUACUGUGGUAAGAGUUACACUCAGGAGACCUAUCUGGCAAAGCAUAUGCAGAAGCAUGCGGAGAGAACGGACAAGAGACCGCCGAUCAUCGGUACGGGCCUCAGGCCGUCGAUACACGCGAUGACCGCCCAUCAUCAGGAUCACUAUUGGUCCAAGGUCAGCCCGGACACGGUGAUCGGCGACCUGCACGAGAGGCUGCCGCACCAUCACACGGAGUACCAUCAGAAUCAGAACCCGGAGAUGCUGCUGCCGGGACAUGGGCAUCGUCCCGGCGAGUCUAUAGAGAACGACUCGAGGCAACAGACGCCUCAACCAGGAGCGAAUCAUCAUCCCAACAGCAGCUCGGCCUUCACGCCGAUAUCCUCGAUCUCGAUCAACUCGAUCUCCUCGAUGCAGCACCCACUAAAUCCGCUGAAUCAUCUACACUACGCUGGCACCCAUCAUCCGUCUCGGCCGUACCUCUACGAGGCGUUCAACACAACGCAAAAGUCGUCGCCUACGUCUUCGUCGUCCGGUGUGACGCCUGGCACUACCAGCAAUCAGAACGCCACGUCCUUCCCGAAUCAGCUGAUCAGCCUUCAUCAGAUUAGGAACUAUGCCCACCAACCGAAUCUCGGCAAUCUGGGCAAUCUGGGGAAUCUGGGGAAUCUGAGUAAUCUCAGUAAUCUCAGUGCCACGAUGGAGAGCCACGCGUUGCUAGGCGGUCUCAAGGAGAAGCAGUAAUUCUGCCUGGUCUUUGGAGAUUAACCUCGGAAAGCAUUCGCGCGCUCUCCGCCAACCUCCUUCUAUCCUUUUUCUUCUGCUUUCCGCGUGACAUCACGGUACGUCAUGACGCUGGCUCUUCAUCGCAGCUCAAUCGUUUUCUUCUCCGUGAUCUCUUUACCCGUCUAAUUUAUUCACCACAUUGGUGUACGUAAAUCCCUCGCGAUCGAAGCCCCUCCUUUGUGUCCUUCCUCUUGUACGCAUAAACAGGUAUGUAUGUAAGAAGGACAGGGUCUUGUCGUGAUCUUUUAGUAGAUUAAUGCGUGUGGAAACUAUCGCGGAAACGGAUAAGAAAUGCGAGAUGAGAUCGAUGUAUGCUCGAAGAUCGAGAUUACUUUACAUCUCAUAAAAGAUUAUCACGCUCUCCCUUUAUAUCACUUUAAUUUCUCCUUUUCUGCCUCCUUUUCUUUCUUUUAUCUAUGAUCCUUUUAAUUCCGUAUAUAAUAUAUACGACUCAAUUAGAUGCGCAUGCAUGUCUUACGUUAUCAUACAUGUAUGUAUAUAUAUUGGUCAAACUCAAGAAUCCAUUAUAUGCGGGAAGAAAAAACAGAUUCAUUUGAAUUAAAACCAUUCCAUUGGUUUGAUCGCCCAUUAAGAUUCGAAUUGAUAAUUGGUAAACCGAAGUUGAAAACUGUGGAAUUGACGAUUCCAACGUCUUUUUUUUUUUUAGUUGUCUAAUAAAGAUGCGUCCGAAUAUCUCGACUAUUAUUUAAGUUGAAGACACACUUAGAAUGUUUGAUUUUUACUAUUUGCGAUUUUUAAUAACGAAAGUGUUGAAACGCACACAUGUAUUAUUUCGCAGUACAGCCGUGUAACGCGUUGAAAAUCUUGGUUUACAUUCCUUGAUAAUAAGACUGACGUGACGUAGUUUCCUCGAAGUCUACGUCUUUACAUACUGGUCUAAUUAUUGAUGAUCGAUAUGAUUACUGAUCAACGAUCAUCAAGAACCAUUUUGUUGUUUUCUCGCAACUAAAAAUCUAAUCUUGUGUCAGUCGAGGAUACAAUCGAUUUACUCGACUAUUUCAGAUUUUUCUCCACGCUUUUCAGCGUGCUAAUCCUCGCCAAUAAUCAUGCGUGCCAAUUACGUGCUAGAAAGUUCCAUCAAUACGCAUUCGUCGCGAUAUAAUCCAUACGAUCUGACGCUGGCCGUUUAAAGCUGACAUUUGAAUGAUAAAGUGGAGCACGAUCAUGGAUUAACUUGUAUUCGAAUGGUGGACGAUAUACUUUCAUAAUGCUAGAAAGUAUACGACGAUGAACUGCGAGCCGGUUUCCUCUUCAGUUCAUCAGAAAAGAUUUUAGUUGCAAACAGAGAUCAGAAUCAUUUUCCGUUUAUAAAUGACCGAUGAUUUAUACUUUUACAAACAACUAUAUAGAGUAGAAAGUUUUUAAAUAAAUUUGCACUAAGUUAUAAGUUCUCUGACCAUUGUAACGACCAUUUUCAACAGGAUUCCUAUCUAGUAUUUCUUAUUAUUUUCUAACCUUAUCAAAUCGUUUUAGAUGAUCGAAAUUAUUUCAAUUAGAAUUUGCGAUUAUUAAAAGUUAGAAUUACAAUUGGAAUUGUACGGAAUUAUUACGUUAUUUCUACACAUUACGAAUACAAAAAAACAUUCAAAGUUUUAUCAUUAAUUGAUAUUCUUAGUUUCGAGAUUAAUUACGCAAUUAUUUUAUUAUUUUAUUCCUUUACUUUUUUUAGUUUCUUUUAUUCUUUUUGUUUCAUUUAUUCUUUCCCUUCAUUACCGUUUACAUUCCCAAUUUUCCCUAUUUUCCAUAAUACGAUUACAUGAAAAAUGUAAUUUUGCGUAGCUUGAUUAUAAAAUUAAAUCUCUCGUAACGCAUUGUGACCGCUAAGUUUUAAUUAAUUUAGAAUUUUGUCGCGAUUUAACAAGACAAAUCGUUGUUAUGAAAACAAGUAUAUUGGAAAGAAAUACAUAUACACGGAAUAUGCGGACUGAUAAGAUAAGGGAUUAUGCACACGUAUGAUAGGACAAGGUACAUGCGAAUAUUAUAUCUUGACGUACGCGGAAGAAAAUGGAUAGGCAGAUACACGAAAAAUGAGCGAAAAGUAUAUUUUUCGCAUUAUCGAAAAGACAUUCGCAAGAUUAUGCGAAGCGCCAGUAGUAACGAAGGGAAAAUCGUUAUAAAAAAACAAAACGCGAAGACUGGCAUAUAAAUAAAGAGAUACACGAAAAUCUCGUUUAGAAAUAUAUAUACGAACACAAAAAAAAAUUAUAUAUAUACGUAUAUAUAUUUUAUAAAAAUAUAUAUAUGUGUAUACAUAUGAAAGCAUCACGCACAUACUGUAAAAGAGCCGCACGGAGACCUCUUUGUAAAUAGGUGCUAUAUAAAUAAACAAAUAAGUAUAUUCAUGUAUUAAUUAAUAAAUUAAUAUAUGCAUAUACGUAUAUACAAAUGCAUAAAUAAAGAUAUAAUUAUUAUCAUCACCAGCGUCAUCUUUAUCAGCAUCAUUAUUGUCAUUUCGGUCAUUAUUAUAUUAUUUUUAUUUGCAUUAUUACUAUUAUUAUUAUUAUUAAUAUUAUUAUUAUUAUUAUUAUUAUAAAUUGAUUAAUAUUUUGAACGAUAUUUAGUAGGUGUGUAAGGUAAAGAAAAAAUCAGACUCUAAUAAUGAAGAUAUUCUAAGUACCUUUCCUAAUAUCUAAGUAAUCUUAUGUAUAAUCUGUUGCGUGCGUAUGCGUGUGCGCGUGAGGAAGAAAAAGAGGAGAAGGACGGAGGAAAAGAUAGAAAGAAAGGGAGAAAGAUGAACAUGUAUAUGCGACCAUUGUAGAUAAUUUGUUGUUACGGCGCUAGACGCGCUCUUCUUCGGGGUUCCCGCGUGACCAAUCGUUCAAUCGAGUUUACGUUGUUCGCAAAGAAUACAGAAAGUUUGAUCGUUCAAUUUUACAUUUUUAAUCCUACACAAAUUUCACUUUUAUUUCCACCACCGUCGGCGUAUAAUUUACGGCGAAGGGGUGUCAGCGGUGCCAAUUUAUUUCCGGUUUUUUAUUCGCGUCGAGAGAAUUGCGAUUUUAGUCGGCGAGAGAGAACCCCGUAGAGGUCACGUCCGCGCCUUACCUAUGCUCAAGUUGUUUAAAACUAUUACGUUGUUAUUAAGAAGAUGAUAGGACAAUGAAUGAGAGUAGGGGCGAGGGGUAAUAAAGCGUAUAGAAGAACGUUCGAAGUAGAUCCACUUCUUGCUGCGUGUAGCAGUCUCCUUUGCAAUACGGCAUGCGACCCGCUCUGAAUGUCCCAAACUAAAUUAACGCGAAAAAGAGAAAACAUAGUUAAACGUAAUAAUCACGCGUACGCGCGCGAUUACGAACGAUUACGUACAACCUCGAGUAUACAUACACUUUGACAAGUUGACAAUGAGAUAACAGAAAAGUACCAUAUAAUCGAUUGAAAUGCAGAAAAAGGAUAGACAGACACCCAUCAUCUUGAUUACAAUUGGAUACGUAGGAAACGAAAUAAGAUAGUUUUGCAGACUUUCGAGGACAAGGGACAGAUGCGAGAUAGGAAACUCCGACCCCGCGCUUUAAAUGUGAUUUCUUCUGCCUAUCCUUAGUUUCAUUGAUUAUAUUAUUAUUAUUAUUAUUAAUAUUUUAUUAUUAAUAUUAUUAUUAUUAUUAUUUCGUUUAAUAAACUGUCACGUGUUAAAAUAAAGGCAAAGGAGAGUUUCUCGACAUGUGUGAUGCUGAAUUAUUUUGUUUCUCUAUUUUCUGUUGAAAGGAUCAAGUUUAUUUCGGCCUUUUCCUUUUCUUUUAUCAUACAGUGAUCCCUCCUUUCGUCCAUUGUUUUUAAGAUGUAUCUUUAAGUGCUUUGCAUCAGUGAUCGUUAAUUUUCAAAAGACGAUUUCAUUUCGCGUUUUUCGAUUUGUAGAUUGAAAAUUUACAAAGAACAUCGAGCGAUGCGGAAUAAGAUAAUCUACGUCUCGUCCACGUGCAUUAAUGUUUUCAUAGAGAUAUUAAAUGUUGGAAGAUGGAACGCACGAUUAGGGCGACGAAGGUGUCUUUCGCGUCUCUGAAUUUAAUCUGCAUUAAUCCGUAAGUACACAGACACACACACAUAAUCUCUUUUCGUAAGAGUGCUCGAUUGCUACAAAUUAUUUUAAUUUUUUUUAUUUGAAGAAUACGAUGAUUGAUACAUUUUAAUUUAAACAGCGCAAAAAUUGUUAAUACCUCUCUUCUGAAAACUGUUGUUAAAAUAUAUUACUUAUAAAAAAUGGAAUAUUGUGUCUCUCCUCUCACGUACUUAUUCCCGCACACUCACGCGUACUUACGGAUUAUGAGGCACAAGUUACACGAAGGAAUGAAACGAUACGAGUGUUCAGAAAAUGAAUUUUAUUCUUAAUCGCGCUCUCAGCGCGUUUUCUUUUCGUGGAAUGGACGUGAACUUUCUCCUUAUUAUUAGAAUCUAUUUGUUUCUGAAUCUAAUUACUAAUCUAUUUGUUUUCUCCGUUAAUGCGGUAGAUUAGCGUAGUAAAAUGGAAUAUAGAUUUGUUUUUUUUUUUUUUUUUUUUAAUUUAACGAAAACAUGGGAACGGCACGCCCGUUGCAAUACAUUCUUUCCGUCUGUAACUUGUCGCUUCUUUGCUGGUAAAAGAAUUAAAGGAAAUCGUUUUCCCCCCUCGCUAAUCGUGCCGCGACUCUCCCUUUUGUCGUGCGCUAUUUCGUUUCCGUUGUACGCCGCUCGAAUCAUUUCAUCCUUCGCUGAUUCUCUGUCGCAAUCCUCUGUCUCUCGUUUCUUACAUUCGAUUACGAUAAAUUUCGCGAGACACUCGAGCGCACUCGGUUUCAGCGCGCCGCGCGAGCACUUCGCGGACAGAUGCCGUCCAAUUAUUCUUUCGUCGUGUAUACAUACAAAGGCAAGGGGGAUUCGUGCGUUACGACACACUAAAGUCAAAGAGAAUUUUUCAUCUAUCCUACGAUACGGAAAGGAGUGUUUCGAAGAACGGGGGAUGAAAGAAUUAACAAAGAAGAAGAAAAAAAAAUAUGUUCUGAAAAGCGAAGACACUCGCGGGACGAACCGAUUGACGAAGUUGUUCUUUGCUACUCGCGCGCGAUCAGUUCCUUCGAAUGACAACGAUCUUUUGGACGAAAAAGGGAUGAUAGUAGAGAGUACAUUCUUUUAGCAAUACUUGAGAAGCAAGGGAGGGAGGGGACACACGAAGUCUUUCGACACGGGAAACGAUAGGGUUAACGGAUGAUGUCGACGAGCGGAUGUCGAUCGUUUAACGCAAAUAAAUUUCGCAUUCCAAGCAAUAAUUUACAGUCCGCGUCAGUCGUGCCGCGUCUAGAUGUAAAAUGGAGAAAUAUCGACAUUCUCUCUUCGGGACAAAUUGCGUAGCGAGGACACACAUUUGCAUUAUUAGAAUGAUUUAAUAAGAGCAUAUAUAAGAUAGAGACUGUAUACUACGAUCUCGUAGCAAGAUCGAGAACUGUACGUAUUGUAUAUUCUUUUAAUUAAAUGUCCGUGCGCGGACAUUUAUAGCAACGAGAUCCAUCGGAUUAUACCAUCUUUGAGAAAAAGGCUUCGCAACCUCACUCUUUAUAUAUCGUUCUCUUUCGGUAAUAGUUAUUAUUACUAUACACUUCAAGUAUACAAGUUGUAAAUGAAUGUUUCUACAACCAGCAUACCUUGCGUAACCAGUAGUCGUUGAGAGAGAAAAAAACGAGGAAAUAAACAAAUAAAUAUAUAUACAUAUGCAUAUGUGUACGUAAACAUAUGUAUAUGUAUAUGCGUGCGCGCAUACGGAUGCAUGUGUACUACAUCUCUGUGUGUUACAACGCACUCUUAGGAGAAAGAAUGCGUGUGACGAGGAAGGCAACUGAUAAGAAGAACGCAUGUGCGUGUACGUAAGAGCGUAUGUUGCGUGAGAGAAAGAGAGAGAGAGAUAGGGAGUGAAAAAGAGAGUGAGAGGACACGUAUAAGCGAUAUAAGGAAAAACAAUAUAUUAAUUAUUGCGUGGUACGAACAGAACUGUGAUAUUUUAUUGUAUAAUUCUGCGGAAAAGAUGAGAGAGAAAUAUGAAGAGAAAUCUCUAAGGAGAAUAUACUAUUACGUGAGAAAGAGAGAGAGAGAAAGAAAGAGAGAAAGCAAGAGUGCCAGAGAGAGAAAGCGAGAGAGUGAGAGAGAGAGAGAGAAAGAGAGGUGAACAUUACUGUAUUUUACAAAAAAAGUGCAUCCUUAAAUGCAAUUAAAUGCAAUUAUGCGGGAACUGUACAUACACCUGGUGUCUCCUUAAAAAUUAAAAUAAGGUUUGACUUGACUUUUUGGUUGCGUAAAUAGUGCGUAAGGCGUACGAAAGAAAAGCAUUUUAUUGUUCGAUAAGAGACAAAUGAGAGAAAGCUCUGUCCAGUCGUUCUCGCGACUUUAUGUGAGGUAAUGCUCGGUGUUCUCGGGCCGCGCGACCGCGGCUCCCAUCGUCUGAUCGUUUCCUGUUUGUAAAGAUAUAUGUAUAAAAAAUAUAUAUAUACAUACAUACGUGUAUAAAUUAAAUGUUUCGUAAAAAAAAACGUAUGCACGGAGCCGGGCGAGCACAUCGCAGCGGCGACGACGACAACGACGACGACGACGACGACGAUAUAUCGAAUGAUCGCGGCAAAAGAAAGUGGAAGAGUAAUAAUUAGCAUAAGCGCAUUUUAUGUAGAACCGCCGAGCGAUGAACCAACUAAUCGUCAUCAUCUCCCGCGCCCUGCCACAUCUCUCGAUAUCUCCCUUCAAUCGUUUCGUAUUGAACUUUCCUUCCCUCCCUCUCGCUCAUUCGUGCUUAAUUAUGAUUUGCAGUAAGUUAUGCGAAAAUAAUGACGCCUUUAGCGAGACGCGAAGAUACGAGCGUGGCGAUUUGAAAUCGCGAGCGAUUAGAGGGAUGCAAAAGGCGGACGGAAGUGACUUUGCGAAUUAAGGCUUGCACAAUGUGCGAAGGAAGGGGGUGAGCAGAACAAUGCACGUCGCAGUUGCGCCAAGUUUCUUACUUUGCGAAAGCGAGAGAAAUCUUUUAUUGGCGAUGCGAUAGCUCCUUUGUUAAUGCUUCGCGUGGAUUCGGCUCGUAAUCUCGUCGCAAAUUUAGACGCAAACACAGCCGACCGAUUGUUUUCCGUUUAUCCAAUCAGGAUGGAUAUAUAUUUGUAACAACUGUGCGUAUGUGUGUAUGCGUGUGCGUACGUACAUAUAAUGUACACGAGAGUGUAUGAGAGAGAGAGAGAGAGAGAGAGAGAGAGACGGUCGGCCACGUUUGCGACGCUAAAUGUGCCUUUAGAAUACGAGCUUUUAUCCCACUGGUGGACGCACAAGUGUAAUGGAACACUGAUGAAAAUAUUUUCGAUAAACCCGCAAUUCCAGAUCGCAAAAGGGGGAUGCGACUAUCGGUUUUCACUGUAUCUUCCGUCGCUACGAAGCGAACUCCGGUUUUUCUAGUUGCAUCUUUUUCUGUACUUAAAAUGAAACAAGGAUGGACAACGUCCCUGUUUUUUGGAGAGAGAAAAAGAAGAAGGAAGAACAGAGAGGGCAAUAAUAAAUAGUACAGAGAAAGAAUAGAAAGACUAACUAAAAAAAAAAAUAGAUUGAUUCGUAGCGACAUUUUCAAAGAUUGCCGGAAGAUUUUGCAACACCCUGUACAUGACGUAAUGGGGGGGAAAAAAAAUAGUCAGAGAUAAUUUUCCGUAUUCCGCGUCGUAGCCACACGUUUCUAUCGUAUUAAUGGACACUACAGUGGACAUACUGCCCGCGAUUCAUCGUUUAACUCUUCGAGAGCGGUGAAUUGAAAUUCUUCCGAAAAUUAAACCAUCACACGAGGUCAAAACGAUCGAUUCAAACGCGUAGAUCGUCGCUCAGGUAUAAGCGACAUGCGUAAUGUUCAAAAAUUUGCCACUUCGACGGAGUCAAGAGAGCGAUCGAAAUUUUAAUAGCAAAGGAACGAAAACUGGAUGGCCCCACGUUUUCUUUUCCUUUCUCCCUUCACUUCUUCGCCCUGAAAAGUCUCACGUAGGUUCCGCGUUUAUAAAGUUCCUUUUAACGUGAGCACGUAUGUAUGAACGUGUGAUGUAGCGUGAUGGAGCUCGUUGCUUUGUGUUUGCAACGUGGAACUCGUACGUCGUUCGCGUUUACGUCUCACAUGGGUUCGAUCUUUUUUUUCGCGGUCGAAUCUCGAAAUUAAAUCGCAAAUGGCGAGGGUUUAAAAAAGUAAGUUUUAUAAAGAUAGGCAUAUCGCAGUUUCUUCUUUCGAAAAAAUAAAGAAAUGUUCUCUGAUCUAAGAAGUUUUUAAAAGCACGCAAUGAACUUAAAACAUUAAUAUUCAAAUAAUUAAUAAAUACAAGCGUCUCUACAAGGAAAGAACGGUUUUGCUUAAGUAUCUAAAAAUUUAGUUAGAUACAGAUCUGACAAUAAUUUUGUUGAGCCAUCAAAAUAAUUAUGUAAGACGUUCAAACAUAAUGAGCAAGACUGUAAAAUGUUUUGACAUUCUAACAAUUAAUUUGACUGUUUUAUACAAUUAUAAUAUUUUAAUGGCUCGACAAAAUUUAUCUUUAGAUCUGUAUCCGGCUGAGUUUUUAAACACUUUAGCAAAACCGUUCCUUCCAUACUUACUUACGACUAUCUCGAUUUACAAAUUUUCGAACGUAAGUCUGGCAUACCAUUGAUUAAAAAUUAAAUAAUAAAUUAUAACGAAGCUAAUUAAGUUACUCGUUGAUCAGUGAUCCAAAUAAAAUAUUAUUUUAAAUAUUAUUCUCUAUUGAUAUUAAAUAUCAUAUUCAGGGUAUUUUUAAGGAAAAAUAAAUAAUAUUGUUUUUUAAUCAUUUAUUGAAAUCUAUGUUUAAGCUCAAUAUUAAUUUUAUGAAAGCAAAUAUUAUAUGAAGAAUUAUAUUAAAAAGAUUUGUGUAUUAGCAUUUCCUAAACAGAGCUCUAUAAUCUUUUUUAGUAAUGAAAUAAUUAUUUCGCAUAAAUGAUUUCGUACUAUUAAGUAAGUGCUAUUCGACUUACGAUCAAUUUGAUUUACAUCCCAAAUCUCGGAACGUAAGUUUGUCGUAAGUAAAGGGAUACCCGUAUAUUUUAUAUACACCUUGAAAGUAAAAUAGCGCGCAUUUUAACAUUUAUUGCUAGCACAGCGAUUGGUAGUCAGAUAUUUCGUUCUCGUAAUGCAACAAAUUUGGUGCAACGUGAUGCUAAGCUCUUCCCAGAAUAUCUUAGAUUUAAAUACAUUAUAAUCUCUCGCAUCUAUUUUCAAGCUACGAGCUAGAACAGCUUUCCAAUUCCGAGGAGUAAUUAAAUUAAUCUUGCGAACGAUUGACGGCAGAUAUUCAGCGAUUGCGAUUGCGCUUACGGACGUGGGGAAAGGAUCCGAAGGAUGCGUAUCACGGUGUACAAUUUUUGCGCUAUUCGAAUAAUGAACUUGAAAAUUGGACGAACUCUCGCAAAGUCCGCGAAAUUAGAAACCUGUCCGCUUUGAGCUUUCCUGAAAAACGUUUCGCGAUUCUGCGCGCGAGAAAGAGGGAGAGAGAGAGAGAGAGAGAAUGAAAGGGAGAGAUAAAUUCUCGUCUCGCACAUUUAGCGCCACAAACACACAGUCGUCUAUCCCUAAGGCUGCGUUUGGAGAGCGCACUAUUGAUACUAUUCCGUCAUUCUAUCUUUAUCGGUCGUUAGACGUAGAAUAAGGAUGGAAUGAUACAACAGCACUCUACGCGAACGCAGCCUAAGCUUCGAGGCGACGUGUCACGAUCGAUCUGUAAAUAGAGGCUCCGAAUUGCGACGUCGCAAUUAAGUGAUAAAAUUUACUGUUAGGUAUAUAAGUGCGGCUAAAGUACGAAUCGAGGAGCACACGACCAACGAGGAAAGGAUUGUCGAAACGCUUAGCUCCGUUUUGUAAAUCGUCGUUGCCGAUCUGAUCUUUGCGUCGACGAUGUGUUACGCGUGCGAGAGAUCUACCUGUUACUUUAUAAUAUUAAAGAGCGAGAGAAAGAGAGAGAAAAAGAGAAAGAAAAUGUGUGUGAGAGAGAGAGAGAGAGGCAGCCCCCUCGUCCCUCGCAGAAUUUGUCCGGAAUGAUAUGUCUAGAUAUAAUUCGUCGUCGGAAACGACGAUCCGAUUUUCAAGAAUUUUACGACCAGUCUUCUCGCGAGUCUACGUCCCGCGCACAGCUCUGUAAAGCAACAAAUACACACACACACACACACACACACACACAUACACACCCACACGGACACGCCCGCCCCACAAACAUCGAAACACACUAAUUGUUCGUCCUUUUUAACAAAUAUAACAGAACUUACGUCUUA